UAGAAGACAAGUGCAGAAUGUUUUACAAAAAUUCCUUUCAAAGUAUGUUCGACACUUAGUCUUUGUGUCGGAAAUUAUUUUCAUUUGGUUGGGUUGACCUAUUCUGACAUCCAACCUUGACGGUUAUUUGAAAUUUCGGGGAAUGAGUCUUUGGGUUGACAAAUAUACUCCUACUUCAUUGGGGAAGUUGGAUUACCACAAAAGACAAGCCAAAAAUUUGAAAAAAUUAGUUGAUAGCAACAACUUUCCUCACUUGCUAGUGUAUGGACCUUCUGGUGCAGGGAAGCGAACUAGAAUCAUGUGUAUUCUUCGUGAGCUGUAUGGAUCAGGCGUUGAUCGACUAAGAAUGGAACACCAUACCUUCACAAAUCCUUCAAACAAGAAAGUCAGCUUAUCCACAGUUUCGAGUAACUUUCAUUUGGAAGUAAAUCCUAGCGAUGUUGGAAUUUACGACCGAAUCGUCAUUCAAGAGUUAAUCAAAAGUAUGGCAUCAACAGCUCAGCUUGACAGUGGGCAACAGAAAGAUUUCAAAGUAGUAGUUCUGCACGAAGCGGACCAUUUAACACGUGACGCACAACAUGCUUUGCGUAGAACUAUGGAAAAGUACAUAUCCACUUGCCGUCUAAUAUUGUCAGCGGAAUCUACCAGUAAGAUCAUUUCUGCUACUCGUUCAAGAUGUCUACCAAUAAGAGUUUCUGCCCCAUCUAUCGAUGAAAUUGUUGAAAUCUUGAAAAAUACCGCUCGCCGAGAAGGCCAUUCAAUGCCGGUUGAACUAGCUAAGCGUAUCGCGUUAGCAUCCGAACGGAACCUACGUAGAGCUCUUUUGUAUGCUGAGGUAGCUAGGUGGCAGCAUUGCCCCAUGCUUCCAGACCAAAGUGUGCAGUUACCUGACUGGCAAGUUUUUCUUACUGAGACAGCAUCAGCUAUUUUGGCGGAACAAAGUCCGAAGAAGUAAGUGCUGUAUGUAUAUACAUAGGCCUUAUUCAAAUGAAGUUUGUGUCGCUGUCGGUUGCUGGCAAUACACGGCUACAUUAUAAAUCCGUUUCUUUAUACCUUGAUUUAUGCUUAACCGUAUUUCAAACUACUGAUCUGUGUAUUUCAUAUUAUCCAAUCAAUGAAGUCGCAUCGCGUUAGGAAACACCUUGUUUCCAUAGUGCCAUUUCAUAAAUUGAUUGAAUUUCCAUUUCGUUCAACGAUUACGAGCACUAACAAACUGCUUUACUUUGAGACCUUCCUAUGUAGAAAUUAUCAACACCACAGAAGAAUGGGUUAUACGAUGGAUUUACUUACUGAACAAUAUCUCUUAUUACAUGUCAGCAUGUCAGUAAAACUUAUAAAUGUGUAUAUUGUGUUUCCACUAAAUCCAAUCAGCAUCACUGUUAAUCAAAAGUAUUUAGUUAUAGUUAAAAGGGAGUCACAAGAGAACAAUUCCCUCUUAAAUAAUUAGAUCAAGAUGCAACUGAAAACAAACUACAAUUUUGUAACCUACAGACGUUUCCUAUGAAACAAAUCAUUUUGAUGUUUGAAAAAGUACUUUCUUAUUUGAAGUAUUCACUCGUAAUCCAAGUUCCGCUGGGAACUUGUUAAGCAAAGGUCAAACAAUUGGAAUCGUCAGAAGUGCCUGGUUCAUGGACAUUUUUCUUCACUAUUUAAACCUCUUUUAUCCUUUUUGAUUUAUUGCAGCGAACUCAGAGCUCAGUGUCUGUGUUUAAAAUAUAAAGUCUUAAAAAGUUGGAGUAGGUUGCAUUUCAGAAUUUAGAAUAGAUCCAUCCCUAGUUUACUCAUUGUCCGCAGUCAUUUGGAGUUGUUUAGAAAAAUAAUGUUGAGUGAUAUUUUUUAGAUUAGCAUUCUGUAGUAGCUUUGUACUGUUAGGAACAGUCAGAGAAACUUGGGAAAUUGUUUUCGAGGGGAUUAGUUUGUAUAUUUUUGUUGCUUAUUUAUCGGACAGCUGAUCCAUGGUGUUUUUAUUUAGCUCUGGUUGUAAGUUAUUCUUUGACUCCUCGGUUUUUUCCGUAUCUUUUAUUAUUCAGAAAUUAUGCCUAAUUAAGUAAUGGCUGUGUUAUUCAACUUUUUUCAAAGAAUAGCUUAGUUACGUACACACUACCAUUUGCUACACAUGUCUUAUGGUUUUACAUUUUAUACAUAUAAUCAUGUAAGUUUUUGAAUUUGGAUAUUAAAAUGUGUUCCAGGCAUUUAGAUGGUCUUCUCGAUAAUCUGAUUGGUGGAUUGGGAACGAGUUAGCUUUGUACGGGACUGUCGACCGUUAACAUAUGCAACAACUAUGUUAGUGGACUUAUUCGCGUGGGUGAAAUCCCAUUAUUUAAUAGUGUAUAUUACCUUAUAAACUAGAGUUCUUGGCUGUGGCUGCCAGUGGUAUAGUUACUCAGCGGAUACAAAAACUUCAAGGAAAGCGUUAUUGCAGCCAAACUGUACAAUAUAUUUUACAACCGAUGAUCCUAAAGGAAGAUAAUGAAAGCAGUCUUCCUAAAUCCGUCUCUAUGUACACCAAACACCUCAACUGCUUCCUCAAAACUAGUUAUUAUCGUGACACAUCUGAUCAAACUAGACCUUUCUAUUCAAAUAAAACUUAUGCAACCACACUGAAUAGUUUGGUCAUUGUGGCUUAUGAUUUUGUUUAACCUUUUGUUCAAUGAUUUCUAGUAUUUUGGAAAUUAUCUGUUAUCCCUCUUGUUGAAUUACACUUGUUACCUCGUUUUUCUUUACAUAACUUUGAAUGAUAUUCGUCUAGUUUUUCGUACAGAACUAUGAUUAAUAUCCAACUUAAGAGUAAUUCAUAACUGUUUCACCGGUUUAUUUUUAUAACAACUCAUUUAUUAAGUAAUACAUUUGAAUAGUACAUCAAACCUAUUUAUCUUUCAUCUCGAAUGAAUUCCUUAAUUCGUUCUUAAUUAUUUUCAUAGAUACUUCUGAAUUUCUAAUGCUUUUAACCAACUCACCAUCACUUGAUUAGUACUAAUGGAUUAAUGUUGAGCUGUGAGGAAAAGCUAAUUGAGAAAGAUAUUUCUUUGUUCCGUCCAUUGUUUUUUAAUGUUUAGACGGUAGUUUUGAUUAUACUAAAAUCCUACUACUUAGUGCGUAGAUGAUGAGUCAUACAUACCUCUGGGUUACUAUUCUCUGUGUCAUAUAUUAAUGGCUGAACUUUCUCAAAUCUUUUUCUCUACAGAAUACUAGAAGUCCGCAAUCGUCUUUAUGAAUUAUUAUGUCAUUGUAUUCCGCCCAACAUUAUCAUGAGAGUAAGUUUUUGUUAAGAUUAAAUGAUUUAUUCCUGAAUUCGCUUAUGGAAUUAAACUUUCUUAUGACCCAAGUAUUUGAAAGUUAACCAAAACCAAAGAUGACUCGUAUUUUUGAAAGGGUUCUGGGACAAAUCUUAAAAUGCAAACAUAACAACUUGAUCCUACUAUACCCACUAUUGAAAAAAACAUUGAAGCAAACGUAAAAGUGGACAUAACAUCAGUUUUUUGAAGAAUAUCUGUAUGGAAAAUUUUAACUACUAAUGUGUUUAUGAGGAUAUAUAUUUUUGUGGAUCUGUUUGAGUCGGGAAAUACUACAACGCUAAAAUUACAAGUAGCAUUAAUGGCUACUGAAAUUUAUUUAAGUAGUAAAGUUUCAAAAGUAAACUUUAUGUGUUGUGUUUGUCAAAAUGAACUCGUAUUGUUUAGGAUUUUAAUAUGUCCUGUGGAAAGUGUAGUUUGAAGGGUGUUGUUUUAAAACGCCGUUAUGAUCAGAUAUGAUGGAAUUGACCAACGGUUAUAUGUAUCAGGAAAUAUAAAUACGAAGUUUAUGAACUUGGGUAGUGGUGUUAUAAAUUAGUAAAUCUGGUAACUGGGUAUCAUUAACAGUAAAAUAAUAAUAUGUUCACUAUCUAUGUAAAGAGUAAACUGAACCAGAACUUUUACAUCACCCGAAUUAUCGAUCUUCAAUUAAUGGUUUUCACUUUUGCACAAGCUUCUACAAAAAUAGUUACUGUUCUGUCCACAAAUAACUUCAAUAGUUAAAACCUCUAUGAAUUUGUUUUAUAUGAAGGUCUGAUUUUUUUUCUAAGAAUGUCUCUUAUUUAUGAAUUACUAGUUUACAGUGUACUUUUCCGAAGCACAUUGUUCAUGUGAGCUGCAUUAAUACUAUUUAGUUGCAUAAACCGGAGUGAGUGAAGUGGGUCUCGAACCUGCGAUCACUUAUUUGUUGAAAUCCGAGUGUUCUAACCACAAAACCACAUCUCACAAUUAAUUUUUGUAUUUUGAUACAGCAUUUCCUUAUGAUCACAUACACCUUGUUCAGUCAUUUGACAUGACAAAGAUGAGCGAUUUUUCUGGUAUAACUGUUCUCUUUAUCUCAGUUUUGAUUACUGAAAUAUUCCGUCAAACUCAAGUCAGUAUUUCUAGACACUUUCUAUCAAACAGUUGAAGUUUUCUGAUAUUUUAUCUGGGACUCAGACUUAACUUCCCUUAUCUAUUUAGUUAAACUUCGAUAAAUUUCAUUUGAGAUUAAUAUUCAUGUUACUCAUGUACAUACUCAAUAUACCAAAGGUUAUACGUAAAUGAGGCUACUGGUAUCAGCUUAUUAUUUUGACAAACUCGUAUUUUACUUCGUUUCUGUAGUCAUAUGUUUAACCGUGUAAUGAGCUGUUGAUAACACAUUUUAUAUGAAACUAACUAUCCCAAAAGAUUACGUUUGGAGACGGACACAGUGGUUGUGGACCUGGAGUUUAUCGAUUGAAUCGAAUGGUUAAAGUUGUUAUCCAUUAAUUGAUGUUCUUAGAAAUAUUUUCCUAGAAAUCGCUCAUUUAAGCUAUUUUGUCAAAUAAGUGGGUUAUUUCGUUUUAUUAUAUUCAUAUCUCGAUUCAUGUGUGCAUCAGUGAAUAAUGUGGUAGGCAUAUCAGUUAGUGAGCUGAUAAUUUUAUUUUUCUGUGUCUCGUUAAGUCAGUAUAAUUAAAAUCCUUAAGGUAAAUUAAUCUUUAGGCAAUAUUGUUUUUUUUUCAAGAACAUAGGUUUUUGGUUAAGUAUUAUGAUCAUUUCAUUUAUACAUGUUUAUAUGUUAAUGACUUUCUAAUCUGAUUAGAUCAAAAGUAUUUUGGAGUAAUCAUAAAAAUGAAUGUGAGAAGUAUGCUAAAUAAAAUAAUGGAGAUCUUGGUAAUACUACUGAUAAUGAUAUCUAGUUUAUUUCUUACGAAUAUUUUUAAGGUUUACAUUCCUUUUCUUUAAUUACUAUUAUUAUUCAUUGAUAUCAAGGAAGAUGAAAAUGAGAUUGUUCUGUACUACGUGUAUGGGUAAGAAGUAAUUUGGGAAAGAAACAUAUUAGGAAUAAAAAUGUUAUAUUAGAGCGGUUUGAGCAUUUAACUUCCAACUAUCCGGUCAUUAGUUCGAAACGCGUUUUGCCCAUGUUGGUUUCAGCAACUGAAUAAUACUCUCACUCAAAACAGCUUAGAACAAUACACAAUGGUAGUCUUAUUUUUUAAAGUUAACUUCAUACGUUCGCUUCUAUGAGAAAAAGGUACUUCAUACAUUUUUAUUCUUUUAUUUAUUAGGGUCUGGUUGACAAUCUAUUAAAUUCAUGUGAUCGUAAUUUAAAACUGGAAUUGGUUCAAUUGGGUGCGGAAUAUGAACAUCGAUUGAAUUUAGGCCAGAAGCCGAUUUUUCAUUUGGAAGCCUUUGUAAUUGCAUUUAUGGCGAUCUACAAACGAUAUAUAGAAGAUGCUCUAGGCUCUGGGAUGGAAUGGUAGCAUUAACAUAAAACAAAUAUUAAAUCCUCAAGAUGUAUUAUGUAUAUUUAUUACGAGUUAUGUUGAUAAAUAAAAGUUUCUUUUGU